AUGGCGUUCGACGGCAUAGUCACCGUGCAGCGCGCGCUGAGCGUGGUCGCCCUGCUGCUCUCCUCGUACUUGUUCCCGGAGCAGACGCAAGUGAGAGAUUACCACAAAUACGACUUCAUAGUAGUGGGCGGCGGCGCAGCCGGCGGCGCGGCGGCGGACCGGCUGUCCGAGUGCGGCCGGUACGACGUGCUGGUGGUGGAAGCCGGCGGCGACCCGCCCACGGAGUCCGUCCUGCCAGGGCUGUUUUCUUUUCUACCACACUCGAAGUACGAGUGGAACUUCACCUCCGUGAACGACAGCGAGUACCUCAAAGAGUCGCACGGCAUCGGGGCGCUGGGCUUGACGUCGGGCCGCAUGCUGGGCGGCGGCAGCAGCAUCAACUACAUGAUCUACGCGCGCGGCUGCCCCGGCGACUUCGACUCCUGGGCUGACGACACGAAGGAUGACCGAUGGAACUAUGACAACGUACUCCCUUAUUUUAGGAAGAGUGAGAGACUCGAAAGCUCGGAAAUUCUAUACUCGGCUGACGGAUUCUACCACGGCACCGACGGAUUCUUGGGUAUCACUAGAGAAGGCAGGCCGGACACGGCCAGGUACUUAGACGCUUUUAAGGAAGCGGGACACAAAAUUUUAAACGACGCAAACGGUAGAGACAACAUAGGCUUCACUUUACCUCAAUACAUGAUCUCCGGGGGGAUGAGGCAGUCGUCGGCGUACGUUAAUUUAGGAGCUCACAAAGAUCGAACGAAUUUACACGUUUUGAAAAAUUCACUCGUCGUCGAAGUCAUUUUCGAUAGCGACAAUAACGCGAUCGGAGUCAAAGUAGUAACCGAUGACAACCGCGUGAUAACAGUUCUAGCGAACAGAGAAGUGAUCCUGUCCGCCGGCGCGUUCAACACUCCCAAGCUGCUCAUGCUGUCCGGCGUCGGACCGAAACAACACUUGCAGUCCUUGGGAAUCAAAGUCAGAAGCGAUCUGCCGGUCGGCAAGAACUUGCAAAACCAUGUUUUGAGCUUGGUAUCUUUUAAAAUGGAAAACUCCACCGCAAAGAGCGCCCCUCAAGAUCCUCACGAAAUGCCAUUCCCAAUCGUCCUGGGCUACGGAAGGGUCGACGAGUCGCAAACUUGCCCCGAGUACCAAGUCUUCAAUUUCAUUAUUCCGAAUGACUCCGAAGCACCAUUCGAUUUGUGUUCAUUCAACUUGGGUUUCACGGAACCCAUCUGUCAGGGUUUCCUCGACGCCGUCAAAGGCAGGAACACUCUGCUCGCCACCAUCACCGUUCUGCACCCCGAGUCUAAAGGUCAGGUGACACUUCGCAGCACCGAUCCGUUCGACCCGCCGCUCAUAGAGCCCCGGAUCCUUUCCGAAGAGAGAGACCUGGACGCUUUCACGAGCUACCUGCAAGACUACCUGCGGGUUCUCAACACGACUUACUUCAGAAGUGUCAAUGCCGAAGUGGUAGAGCUGGAUCUGCCCGGCUGCAAGAGCCACGAGUUCGGCAGCAGAGCGUACUGGAAGUGCUACCUGCGCUACAUGAACGGCGGCAUGUUCCACGACGUGGGCACGUGCAGCAUGGGCGCCGUGCUGGACAGCGAGCUACGCGUGCUGGGCGUGCGGCGGCUGCGCGUGGCCGACACCAGCGCGCUGCCCAGCCUGCCCAGCGGGAACACCAACGCGGCCGCGGUGCUGGUCGCCGAGCGGCUGGCCGACCUGCUGAAGCGCGACCACCCCGUAGAGUUCGUGCCCAAAGGCGGCUGCGACGCCGACAGCGGCUAUGUGUCUACCAUUUACUGUUAUGUAAAUCAGUAUUUCGGAUGGUGA